UCCCUUCCCCCACCUCAUUCUCUCUUCCCUCUGUUCCUUUCUUCUUCUUCUUCUUCUUCCUUACAUUCGUGAUUCCGCGGUUGCGCCACCGGCCAUGGCUGCCUCCCUCAAGACCGCCGCCGUCGACCUGAAGGCGGCUGCCGCCCGCCGCCUCCGCCGCAGCCGACCCGCCGCGACCAGCUGGAAGAGCCGGAUCCUGGCCGUCGCUCUGCUCGCCACCGCCAUCACCGCCAUCCUCACCGCCGUCGACCCCUUGUCCCCCACCAUCAGUUUCCUUUUCCCUCCGUCCACCUUCUCUACUUCCUCCUCCGCCUACGCCGAUUCCUCGAAAUCCCUUCUCUCCGCCUCCCCUCUUCCGCCUCCUCUUAUUCGCCGGCCAAUUCCUAAACGAACAGGCUCUCGUCCUCCUCCAAUCCGGAAUCGUGGUUCCAAAGGCGUAAAUUCUGGUGCUGGUGAUGCGGAGGAACCUUAUUUGUUGAUGUCACCGGAUGAGCAACUCAGGUAUGCCAAGAGGGAGAUUGAGAAUGCCCCUUUAGUUGUGGAUGAUCCGGAGUUAUUUGCCCCGUUGUUUCGAAAUGUAUCAGUUUUCAAGAGGAGCUAUGAACUGAUGGAAAGAAUUCUGAAAGUUUAUAUCUAUGAGGAUGGGCCAGCACCCAUUUUCCACACUCCAGAGCUUCAAGGCAUCUAUGCUUCUGAAGGAUGGUUCAUGAAAUUGAUGCAGGAGAACUGGCGAUUUGCAGUGACAAAUCCAAGCAAAGCUCACUUAUUCUAUCUUCCCUAUAGUUCGCACCAGCUAGGACUUACUCUCUACGUGCGUGAUUCACAUAACUUGAGGCCAUUAUCACUCUUCUUGAGGGACUAUGUGAACAUGGUUGCUGCCAAAUAUCCUUUUUGGAAUCGAACUAGAGGAGCAGAUCAUUUUCUAGUUGCUUGCCAUGAUUGGGGGCCUUACACAACAACAGCACAUGAAGAGCUGCGUGAAAACACCAUCAAAGCUUUAUGCAAUGCAGAUGUUUCAGAGGGAAUUUUUGUUCGUGGGAAAGAUGUGUCACUCCCUGAAACAACCAUCAGAUCACCAAAGAACCCUCUCAGAAAUGUAGGUGGUGGAAAACCUGUUUCCAAGCGUUCUUUUCUUGCAUUCUAUGCUGGGAACAUGCAUGGGAGGGUCAGACCCAUCCUGAACAAGUAUUGGGGUGAUGAUCAAGAUAUGAGAAUCUACCGUCGCCUUCCAAACAGGGUAUCCAAAAAUAUGUCAUACGUCCAACACAUGAAGUCAAGCAAGUUCUGCAUCUGUCCUAUGGGCUAUGAGGUAAACAGCCCAAGGAUUGUGGAGGCUAUAUAUUAUGAGUGUGUUCCAGUGAUCAUAGCAGAUAAUUUUGUGCUUCCUUUCGAUGAAGUGUUAGAUUGGAGUGCUUUUUCAGUUGUUGUAGCAGAGCAGGAUAUACCUGACUUGAAAAAUAUUCUUUUAGGAAUUCCACUCAGGAGAUAUAUGUCCAUGCUUUAUUGUGCAAAAAUGUUGCAAAAGCACUUCUUGUGGCAUGCCAAGCCACUGAAGUAUGACAUUUUUCACAUGAUUCUGCAUUCAAUUUGGUUUAACAGAUUGAACCAGAUUCAACUUCGGCAGUAACAAUAUUUGCUGCAAUAAUUCAUGCAAGCUUAUCAAGUUAGACUAUCAUUGUUUAAAGAUGAGAACUUGGUUGUCAUCUUGAACCACGAGGAGACUACUUACUACUUGGUAUGCUGAUUGGUGAAGAUGAUUUGAGUCAAAGCCAUCCUUGAUGCAAAAAAUCUGAUCUAUAUAAAUUUGUUUCAAGUCUUCUUCCACCUGGCUGACUGGCUGACUUUCAUAGUUGAAGAUCCAGAGGUUUGAACGCAAAUGUUUCUCCAAUGAGAACAGGCAAUCAGAAUUGGGAAAUUCACUUCAGGUUUAUUUUCCCUAGUUUGAUGGAAAGAGUGGGAUGCCACCCGACUUUAUUGAGAGGACUUUUUGCAGGUCUAUUAUUUUUUAGAAUUUUUUGUAAACAGAAGAACGGAAGAGCACCAAGAAAUAAUCCACAACUCAAGUCAUUCUUCUCCAACACUUGUGGAAUAAGAAGAGAGAUUGUAAAAUUUGUACUCUUACCUUAUUCAAGCAUUCUUUCAAGAAUAAUUCCCAUUGUACAUCGCACAUAAAAGUUAGUGCGUGAUUCUUUUGUAACUUCUGGAGUGAAUGCCAUUUUGGCAAUAUCUAGGACAGUAUCAUCACUGAA